AUGGGAGCUACCAGAGAAAAGAAAGCAGCAUACUUCACCAAGUUAAGAGAGUUAGUUGAAGAAUACAAAUCUCUUUUCAUUGUUGGUGUUGAUAAUGUUUCAUCUCAACAAAUGCACGAAGUCAGAAAGGCUUUAAGAAAGGAUGCUGUUGUUUUGAUGGGUAAGAACACCAUGGUUAGAAGAGCUAUGAGAGGUUUCAUUACUGAAUUCCCAGAAUACGAAAAGUUGAUGCCUUUAAUCAAGGGUAACAUUGGUUUCAUUUUCACCAAUGCUGAUUUGAAGACCAUCAAGGAUGUUGUUUUAGCUAACAAGGUUGCUGCACCAGCAAGAGCAGGUGCUAUUGCGCCAGCUGAUGUUUUCGUUCCAGCAGGUAACACUGGUAUGGAACCAGGUAAGACUUCUUUCUUCCAAGCUUUAGGUGUUCCAACUAAGAUUGCUAGAGGUACCAUUGAAAUUACCUCCGAUGUUAGAAUUUUGGAAAAAGACCAAAAGGUUGGUCCUUCUGAAGCUUCCUUGUUGAACAUGUUGAACAUCUCCCCAUUCACAUACGGUUUAACUAUCAUUCAAGUCUUCAACGAAGGUAACUUAUUCCCAGCUUCUAUCUUAGAUAUCACUGAUGAAGAAUUGUUAGGUCACUUCACCACUGCAGUUUCCACAAUUACCCAAAUCUCUUUAGCUUCUGGUUACCCAACUGUUGCUGCAGUUUCUCACCAAAUUGUCAACAGUUACAAGAACAUUCUUGCAUUAUCUGUUGCUACUGACUACACCUUCGAAGGUUCUGAACAAAUCAAGGACAGAAUUGCUAACCCAGAAGCUUACGCUGCUGCUGCACCAGCUGCUGCUGCUUCCUCCUCCUCUGCAGCAGCUGAAGAAGCCGCACCAGCAGAAGAAGAAGAAUCCGAUGAUGACAUGGGUUUCGGUUUAUUCGAUUAA